GUCUGCUCUCCUCAACACUUCACUAAUAAAGAGAGUGGAGGAACGAAAAUGACGAGUACACCACACAAGAUGCUGGAGAGGGCACUCUCGGUAUCGACACGAAGGGCGGCGCAAGUGAAUGAUGAAGUGGAAGGCGACGAAGAAUCCGGCGCCGAUGAAUCCAAGACCCGGAAGCACGCUUCCACUGCUGCAAUGCGGCUUACCAAUUACUUGACCCGGACUGGACAUUUAUGGCCCAUUCUCAUUCUAGGUCUUGUGGUUAUCGUGAUUUGCUCCAUUUUCGUCCACACCCGUGAUUUGGUCUGCCUCAAGGCCGCUUCGUCCGAUCAUAUAUCUCGGUUACGCUUCUUCGGCUUCGAUGACCUUGAGUCGGAUUUCGGGUCCCUUGGUGUUCCCUGGUGCAGAUCGAAACAAGGAAAAACUGUUGAAUGGACAAUGAAGGAUUUACUCAAAGGUUUGGAGGAGUUUGUGCCUAUCUAUGAAACUCGACCAAUAAAGAACAACAUGUAUGGCAUGGGCUUUGACCACAGUUUUGGGCUUUGGUUCAUUGCCCAGUGGCUGAAACCAGAAUUGAUGAUUGAGAGUGGUGCCUUCAAGGGACAUUCAACAUGGGUUUUACGGCAAGCAAUGCCUGAUACACCAAUUGUAUCGCUUUCCCCUCGCCAUCCUGAGAAGUACCUGAAAAAAGGGCCUGCUUAUGUUGAUGGGAAUUGCACGUACUUUGCUGGAAAAGACUUUGUGGAUUUUGGCAGUGUUGACUGGGGCCGAGUGAUGAAGAAACACAAAAUAAAAGAUCUCACACGGGUUCUUGUCUUCUUUGAUGACCAUCAGAAUGAACUGAAAAGGUUAAAGCAAGCACUCAAAGCUGGCUUCAGGCAUCUGGUUUUUGAGGAUAACUAUGACACUGGAACAGGGGAUCAUUAUUCCUUCAGACAGAUAUGUGAUCAAAGUUAUAUUAGAGGUGGUGGCCAUAGCUGCUUUAGAGAUGGUGACGAAGCUAGGAUAAGGUUUAGAAGGAAGAAAUUCUGGGAAAAGGCUGUGGAUAUGGAUGAACUAUGUGGGCCAGGUGAGGCAUGGUGGGGUGUAAGAGGGCAGAUGCGCGAUGAUUUUAAUCACAGUAACAAGGCAAUAACAUACUCGCAACAUUUUCAGAACAGCAGGUUUGUAGAGUCGGUGCUGGAUAUUUAUUGGGAGCUGCCCCCUGUUGCUGGUCCUUCACUUACCCAUCAAACAAGAUAUGAUCCAGCUCGGGUUCCCAGUCCUAUUGUUGAGGAUGGGAAAUACGGCUUAUUCCGGAGGCUUGGAUUAGGUCGACUAGAAACAUCUGUAUUUAAUGGAUAUACUCAGAUGGUAUACCUCCAGAUUUCUGAACAAGACUCUUAGGGCUAGUUUGGGCCAUUUGUUGUAUUUUUUUUUUCCUUUUUUCAGAAUAGAGCCUAGAUUCUAGUUGACGUAACAAGUUGACUUC